AUGCGCCGCCCUAUUUUAACCGACUUCGUCGCCACCUACCGCGGCGGCAUCGUGGAAAACCGACAUGCUGUCCACGCCGCUGUUGUCGACGCCACGGGCAAGCUUCUAUAUACCGUCGGCGAUUCAUCGCGAAUGACACUAGCUCGUUCCGCUGCCAAACCGGCACAGGCGCUCGCCAUUAUAGAAACUGGUGCAUUUGACCAGUUCGAUUUCGAUCAACCCGACCUGGCGUUGAUGUGUGCAUCUAAUAGCAGCGAAGAAAGACAUAUCGCCCGCGCACGCCAAAUGUUGUCCAAGGCGGGCGUCUCCGAAAGCGAUCUUCGCUGUGGCGGGCAUACUCCCCUCUCAAAUGCCGUCAACCGUGCCUGGAUCAAGAGCGACUUCACACCGACGGCGGUGUGCAGCAACUGCUCCGGUAAGCAUGCCGGCAUGCUUGCUGGUGCAAAAGCGCUUGGUGCAGAUACAAAAGAUUAUUACAAGCCCACUCAUCCUGUUCAGGUGCAUGUGAAGCAAGUUGUGGACGAAGUUACUGGGGUCGAGCCGGAUGAGGUGGCGUGGGGCUUGGAUGGAUGCAAUCUGCCCGCCCCUGCAUUUCCGUUGCACUACCUAGCCCGCAUGUAUGCGAAGUUUGCAGAUGCAGGGAACGAGGCGGGGAAUACUGCUGCAGAUUGCGAUCCAUCUGAAAGGAUUAAUUCUAUGGCUCGGAUUUUCAACGCCAUGACAACAUAUCCCGAGCUCGUCGCUGGCGAAGGAAGAUUCUGCACUGUACUUAUGGGGGCUUUUGGGGGAACGCUUUUUGGGAAACUGGGCGCCGAUGGGUGCUACGGGAUUGGCAUUCGGGAAUGUGGGCAAACAAAGCAGCUCGGAGCACAUGGCGCAAUUGGAAUCGCCGUGAAGAUCGAGGAUGGUAACGUAAGUAUUCUAUAUUCUGCCGUCAUGGAGAUAUUGGAUCAACUGCAAAUUGGAAAGGAGUUUAUGUGCGGAGCUCUUGAUAAGUUCCAUCGGCCCCAGAUUACGAAUACGGUUGGUGCGGUUACGGGGCAGGUAUCUCCUGAAUUCAAAAUCAGGGCUGUUCAUUCUUAG